ACUGCCUUUAUAUUCCAGCAAGAAUGUAGCAGUGAGAAAAAACAUAAUUUGAAAAGGCUUGAGAGAAAAACCUGCCUCUUAUAAGAACAUGAUCGCAGGCACCUCAUGUGUGAGAGACUCCAGUGUUCCUGCAGCUACAGUGGAAUAAAUCACACAGGGUCACGAUGUUGGGGAUCUGCUUGUGUUUGAGUGUCGCCGUCCACCUCGCCGUAUCUCAGGAAGCCGAUGCUCAUGAGCCUGUCAUAUACACGUGCACUGAAGGUUAUGAAUUUGACUAUGAAAAACAAAGCUGUAAAGAUAUAGAUGAGUGCAAGACAGUGCAGGAAGCCUGCAAAGGGGGAAUGAAAUGUGUCAACCAUUUUGGUGGCUACCUCUGCCUUCCUCACAAUGCUCGGAUAAUCAUCAGUAACGGCGAGGAAGAGCCGACUACUGCCCCCCCAGUGGGAAGAGGUGAAGUUCAGCCUGUAGCCCCCGUCUCCAGGAGUGAAUACUCAAGAGUCAUUCAUGGCUCGUCACAUACACUGCAGUGUAGUGUGGGUUUCAUGCUGGACGCUCAGAACUACUGCAGAGAUGUGAAUGAGUGUCUAACCGCAAACCCCUGUCAACAUCAGUGCUACAAUCUGAUUGGCUCUUUCAUCUGCCAAUGUGAAGUCGGAUAUGAACUGGCUUCAGACUCAGUCUCUUGCCAAGAUAUCAAUGAGUGUGAAUUCUCAAGCUACAUCUGCCAGUUCCAGUGUGUGAAUCAGCCUGGCGGAUACCAGUGUGUGUGUCCUGACGGAUACCAGCUCCAAGGGACGCGGAUGUGCCAAGAUAUAAACGAGUGUGACACAGUGCACAACUGCAGGGAAGAUGAAAUGUGUUGGAAUUACUACGGAGGAUUCCGUUGCUAUCCCAGAAAUCCCUGCCGUGAGCCAUACGUCAAAACAGGCGAAGGACGCUGUAGGUGCCAGUCACCGAAUGUUUGCAGAGGACUUCCGCCUGUCAUUGUCUACAAGUACAUGAGCAUCUUUUCCGAUCGCUCAGUGCCUGCGGAUAUCUUCCAGAUUCAAGCUACCAGUGUCUACCCCAAUAUGGUAAACACCUUCACCAUCAAAUCUGGCAAUGAGGGAGGAGAAUUCUACCUGAGGCGCUCUAGUAAUGUAAGUGCCAUGUUGGUGAUGACCAAACCUCUGACUGGACCUAGAGAACAUGUUGUGGACCUGGAGAUGGUCACCCAGAGUAAUGUCUUGAGCUACCGUUCCAGCUCACUGCUGAGACUCACCAUUAUUGUGGGUCCAUACCCUUUCUAAAUCAUUCAGAUCGACCGAAUAAGCACCUUGGUUUUAUGUUUGUACUGCAGCUUACUAUGUUUAAAAUGUUCAACACAGCAUGGCUACCUGGUUGUGAUCCAGAUCAGUGGUUCUUAACUGGUUGAUCGAGAUCCAAAAAUGUGCCAAUUCUCAAUCAAUAGAUAUAAUUUUUUGAAUUUAAGGUUUUAUACGAGUUUGUAUGAUGAAUCAUUUGUAUGAUACAUUUUGAUACUAUGUUGGAUCGCCAUUUAAAGUCCAUUGCAAAAUGUAGAUCUUGAAACAAAAUCGGCUGAGAACCACUGGUCUAGAUAGUUGCAUUCACUGGGUUUCAAACAGGAAUUGGUUUAUUAAUCAUAAAAAGUAAGUUGUCUGGAUUACUGAAGUUUUCAAAUAACUUCUACUUUGGAAAAUGAAAGACAAGGUCAGAGAGGGUGACAUGAAGACCAAGAAAUAUCUGAAAAACAACACAGCUGGAUACCAGAAAGAAACACAGUCACUCAAGUUUCAUUCUGAAAAGCACUUGGUAGCAAGAGGUUUGUACAAUUCUGCUGCAUGUCAGUCUUUUAAAUGGAUAGUUCAUCCAACAAGUGAGUUUAUUAUUAUUUACCAAUCUUAUGUUGUUGUAAACUCAUAUAACUUUCUUUCUAUAAAACACAUAAGGUGAAGUUUAACAGAAUGUCCUUUUGCUCCAAAAAAAGCUCCAAAUGACAAAGCUACAUAAAAAAAAAAAUAAAUAAAAAAAAAAAGUCCAUAUGACUCUACAGCUAUAUUGGGAAUAUUCCCAAUAGGCCAAAAAUCUUUUCACUGAAAAUAUUCCCUUUCAUCACAGCGCUUGAAUCUUUCACACUUCUUCAAAUUGGUGUAGCAGUUGGUUACGACUAAUUCAAUGACCACUACCCAAACAUUUUGCUCUGUUAGAAACCAAUUACGAAGAACGCACUUUUGCGAGAAGUGGAAUGGGAAAAAUGCAAAGUCGUCUUUUCACUUGUCACAGUGCACAAGACCAAUGGUCAUAAACGUUUAGCGCAUGUUUAAAGAGAAAACCAAUGAAAAAUUAGCACACUGGAAUGCAAAAAGUGUUCUGUAUUUUUGUUCUCAUUCACUCUAUGGAAAAGUGCAGCGUGAACAUUCUGCUAAACUUUUCCUUUCGUCUUCCUCAUAAGAAAGUAAGCCAUAUGAGUUUGGAACGACAAGAGGAUGAGUAAAUGAUGACAGAGUUUUCCUUUUUUAGAACAAACAAACCUUUUAAUCUGUCAACAAAUCAAAGCUUUAUAUUUCUCGUACAUGGAUUGUGUAGAAACAGAAUGUAAUUAUCAAAAAGUGCUUAUAGAUUCUUUACUAGAUUUUACUUCUUAGCAGGGGAAAAGUGUUUUAUAGGUGGAACAUGUGGAUAAAGCAAACAGAACCGCACAGAGUUAGGUGGAACAGUUUGUGGCGUAAUCUAAUGGCAUCCUUAGCUAAUGGAAAUCUCUGAAUGCGUCCUCCGCCUUGCAAAUACUGCAGAAAUGACCUCCUAUCCUAUGAGAAUAAGGCAAUAAUGUUUUGGAAACAGAAGUGAUGUUUUCAGGAAAUUGCUGGCAAGGGUUUUGGGUCGCAUAAGCAAUGGAACUCUUGCCUAA